GGUGUACUUGUUAAAUAAAUACCUUUGCUCCUCCUUCCUCCAACACUGCAGUCACCUAAACACACAAGCAUGUCCGACUUUGCGCCACCCGUCGGUCCACCUCCACCCAAAGUGCCCGAGGGCUGGAAAGCGGUCUGGAACGAUCAAUACAAAGAGUGGUUUUACGUGAACACGCACACCAAACAAUCGCAAUGGGACAAGCCGACAGAAGCUGCGCAUGCAACGUCAGGCGACGCGCCGCCUGGUGGUGCUCCGCCAGGCUAUGACCACAGUCAGAGUAAGUCGACAGGCCCUGAGAAGCCUGCACUAGGCAGCAACAACCCUUUCAAUGGGACGGCUGGAGGAGCAGGAUCGAGUCAUGCUGUCAGCGAGGACGAGCGGCUUGCGCGUCAGCUCCAGCAAGAGGAAGAUGCUCGAGCUCAACAGAGCAGCAGAGGCGCGUCGGAUAGCUACUAUCAGGGCGGUGCGGCAAAUCAGCAGAGUAACUACGGCUCGCCUUACGGAGUGCAGUCACCUGCUCCUGGUCAAGAGGGAGACCGAGGGUCUAAGAGCAAGGGCGGACUUUUUGGCAAGUUGAAAGACAAACUGGGUGCGGCUCCUCCUUCUUCAUCGAGGCCAGGCUAUGCACAGCAGUAUGGCCAGCAGCAGUAUGGAGGAGGAUACGCGCAGCAGGGACAUGGAGGCUAUCCUCCUCCGCAGCAAUAUGGAGGAUAUCCACAGCAGGGCUAUGGUGGCUACCCUCCCCAAGGCGGAUACUAUGGCGGGCAACAGGCGCCCAGGCGAGGUGGAGGUGGAAUGGGCGCGAUGGGGGGAGCAGCGCUCGGUGUUGGAGCUGGUCUCAUUGGUGGCGCACUCAUCGCAGAUGCCAUUGGCGACCGCGAAGAUGAAGCUUACCAGGAGGGUUACGACGAUGGACAGGAUGGCGACAUGGGAGGAGAUUUUUAAAGAAGGACAAGACUGAUAGCGACGUUGUGAUUUAUGAGCGAGUGUGUACAUCGGUUGAAUGCCUCAAGGUCUCUCUGCACUCC